AUGUCCGCUGAUUUUGGUUUAAUCGGUUUGGCCGUCAUGGGUCAAAACUUGAUCUUAAAUGCCGCAGACCACGGUUUCACCGUCUGUGCUUACAACAGAACUGUCUCCAAAGUGGAACAUUUCCUAGCUAACGAAGCCAAGGGUAAGUCCAUUGUUGGUGCUACUUCUAUCGACGACUUUUUGUCUAAAUUGAAGAGACCAAGAAAGGUUAUGCUUCUUGUUAAGGCUGGUGCUCCAGUUGAUGCUCUAAUUAACGAAUUGGUCCCACGUCUAGAAAAGGGUGAUAUUAUCAUCGAUGGUGGUAACUCUCAUUUCCCAGACACCAACAGACGUUACGAAGAAUUGAAGCAAAAGGGUAUCUUGUUUGUUGGUUCCGGUGUCUCUGGUGGUGAAGAUGGUGCCCGUUACGGUCCAUCUUUGAUGCCAGGUGGUGCAGAAGAAGCUUGGCCACACAUUAAGGAUAUUUUCCAAUCCAUCUCCGCUAAAUCUGAUGGUGAACCAUGUUGUGACUGGGUCGGUCCAGCCGGUGCAGGUCAUUACGUCAAAAUGGUCCAUAACGGUAUUGAAUACGGUGACAUGCAAUUGAUUUGUGAAGCUUAUGACAUUAUGAAGCGUGUCGGUCAUUUCACUGAUAAGGAAAUUGGUGAUGUUUUUGAAACCUGGAACAAGGGUGUCUUGGAUUCUUUCCUAAUUGAAAUUACCAGAGAUAUCUUGAAAUUCAAUGACGUUGAUGGUAAGCCAUUGGUUGAAAAGAUUAUGGAUACCGCUGGUCAAAAGGGUACUGGUAAGUGGACCGCUAUUAAUGCUCUAGAUUUGGGUAUUCCAGUCACUUUGAUUGGUGAAGCUGUCUUCUCUCGUUGUCUAUCUGCUUUGAAGUCUGAAAGAAUUAGAGCUUCCAAGACUCUAUUGGGUCCAGAAGUUCCAAAGGAUUUGAUUAAGGAUAAGAAGCAAUUUGUUGACGAUUUGGAACAAGCCUUAUACGCUUCCAAAAUUAUGUCCUACGCUCAAGGUUUCAUGUUAAUCCGUGAAGCUGGUAAGACUUAUGGUUGGAAACUAAACAACCCAGCUAUUGCCUUGAUGUGGAGAGGUGGUUGUAUUAUUAGAUCCGUCUUCUUGGGUGAAAUUACCAAGGCUUACAGAGAAGAUCCAGAACUAGAAAAUCUAUUAUUCAACAAGUUCUUCUCCGAUGCUGUCACUAAGGCUCAAACCGGUUGGAGAAAGUCCAUUGCUUUGGCUACCACUUACGGUAUCCCAACCCCAGCAUUCUCCACUGCUUUGGCCUUCUACGAUGGUUACAGAUCUGAAAGAUUACCAGCUAACUUGCUACAAGCUCAAAGAGAUUACUUCGGUGCUCACACUUUCAGAGUCUUGCCAGAAUGUGCCUCUGACAACUUGCCAUUAGACAAGGAUAUCCACAUUAACUGGACCGGUCACGGUGGUAACGUUUCUUCUUCUACUUACCAAGCUUAA